CUCUGUGUGGGGAACAUGAGAGCCAGACCAAAGCUCAGAGGAACCCACCUGGACCUCCACCCAUCUCUGUGUCCUUACAGAGUGACGGGUCCAAUGAACAUUUAAUGAAUUUUAAAGUCCAUGAGGGGUCUGCUGCAGAGAGGAUCUAUGGGAGAUCUGCUGGACCUGGACCCAGCUGUGUGUCCUUAAAGAGUGACUGGUCUAAAGAAGAACCCAUUAAUUUUAAAGUCCAGGCUCUGUCUGCUGAAGAGAGAGUGGACCAGGAAAGCUCAGAGGUUCCCAGUGGUCAGUCUGCCCAUCAGCAUCAAACACAGCUGGACUCCAUAUUUAUGCUGCUGGAGGACAACAUCAUCACUUUUGUGAAGAACGAGCUGAAGAAGAUCCAGAAGGUUCUGAGUCCAGAUUACCCAGAAUGCUUAGAGAGUCAGAGGAGCAGCAGCAGAGAGGCAUUUGUGAAGAUCACAGUAGACUUCCUGAGGAGAAUGAAGCAGGAGGAGCUGGCUGACCGUCUGCAGAGCAAACUUCAAGCUGCAGUUUGUCAUCGUAACCUUAAAUCCACCCUGAAGAAGAAGUUCCAGUGUGUGUUUGAGGGCAUCGCUAAAGCAGGAAGCCCAACCCUUCUGAAUCAGAUCUACACAGAGCUCUACAUCACAGAGGGAGGGACUGCAGAGGUCAAUGAUGAACAUGAGGUCAGACAGAUUGAAACAGCAUCCAGGAAACCAGACAGACCAGAAACAACAAUCAGACAAGAAGACAUCUUUAAAGCCUCACCUGGAAGAGAUGAACCAAUCAGAACAGUGCUGACAAAGGGAGUGGCUGGCAUUGGGAAAACAGUCUUAACACAGAAAUACACCCUGGACUGGGCUGAAGACAAAGCCAACCAGGACAUCCAGUUCAUAAUUCCAUUCACUUUCAGAGAGCUGAAUGUGCUGAAAGAGGAAAAGUUCAGCUUGGUGGAACUUGUUCAUCACUUCUUUACUGAAACCAAAGAAGCAGGAAUCUGCAGCUUUGAAGACUUCCAGGUUGUGUUCAUCUUUGAUGGUCUGGAUGAGUGUCGACUUCCUCUGGACUUCCACAAAACUACAAUCCUAACUGACCCUAGAAAGUCCACCUCAGUGGAUGUGCUGCUGAUAAACCUCAUCAGGGGGAAACUGCUUCCCUCUGCUCACCUCUGGAUAACCACACGACCUGCAGCAGCCAAUCAGAUCCCUCCUGACUGUGUUAGCAUGGUGACAGAGGUCAGAGGAUUCACUGACCCACAGAAGGAGGAGUACUUCAGGAAGAGAUUCAGAGAUGAGGAGCAGGCCAGCAGGAUCAUCUCCCACAUCAAGACAUCACGAAGCCUCCACAUCAUGUGCCACAUCCCAGUCUUCUGCUGGAUCACUGCUACAGUUCUGGAGGAUGUGCUGGAAACCAGAGAGGGAGGACAGCUGCCCAAGACCCUGACUGAGAUGUACAUCCACUUCCUGGUGGUUCAGGCCAAAGUGAAGAAGGUCAAGUAUGAUGGAGGAGCUGAGACAGAUCCACACUGGAGUCCAGAGAGCAGGAGGAUGAUUGAGUCUCUGGGAAAACUGGCUUUUGAUCAGCUGCAGAAAGGAAACCUGAUCUUCUAUGAAUCAGACCUGACAGAGUGUGGCAUCGAUAUCAGAGCAGCCUCAGUGUACUCAGGAGUGUUCACACAGAUCUUUAAAGAGGAGAGAGGACUGUACCAGGACAAGGUGUUCUGCUUCAUCCAUCUGAGUGUUCAGGAGUUUCUGGCUGCUCUUCAUGUCCAUCUGACCUUCAUCAACUCUGGAGUCAAUCUGCUGGAAGAACAACAAACAACCUCCCAGAAGUCUAAAUUAUUUAAAAAGAAAAAGAGUUUAAAAUCUCUCCACCAGAGUGCUGUGAACAAGGCCUUACAGAGUCCAAAUGGACACCUGGACUUGUUCCUCCGCUUCCUCCUGGGUCUUUCACUGCAGACCAGUCCUGAUCUCCUUCGAGGUCUGCUGACACUGACAGGAAGUAGCUCACAGGACAAUCAGGAGACAGUCCAGUACAUCAAGAAGAAGCUCAAUGAGAAUCUGUCUGCAGAGAAAAGCAUCAAUCUGUUCCACUGUCUAAAUGAACUGAAUGAUCGUUCUCUAGUGGAGGAGAUCCAACAGUCCCUGAGAUCAGGAAGUCUCUCCACAGAUAAACUGUCUCCUGCUCAGUGGUCAGCUCUGGUCUUCAUCUUACUGUCAUCAGAAAAAGAUCUGGAUGUGUUUGACCUGAAGAAAUACUCUGCUUCAGAGGAGGCUCUUCUGUGGCUGCUGCCAGUGGUCAAAGCCUCCAACAAAGCUCUACUCAGUUUCUGUAACCUCUCCGAGAGAAGCUGUGAACCUCUGUCUUCAGUUCUCAGCUCCCAGUCCUCUAGUCUGAGAGAGCUGGACCUGAGUAACAACAAGCUGAAGGAUUCAGGGGUGAAGCGUUUGUCUGCUGGGUUGAAGAGUCCACAUUUUAAACUGGAAACUCUAAGACUGAGCGACUGUGAUCUCUCGGAGAGAAGCUGUGAAGCUUUGUCCUCAGUUCUCAGCUGUCAGUCCUGUAGUCUGAGAGAGCUGGACCUGAGUAAGAAUGAAGUUAAGGACACAGGAGUGAAGCUUUUGUCUGUUGGACUAAAGAGUCUGUAUUGUGCACUGGAAAAUCUCAGGGUGGAGCCUGCUGGAGUCCGAUGGUUGAGACCAGGUCUGAGGAAGUAUUCCUGUCAACUCACAAUCGACACAAACACAGUGAACACAAAGCUCCAACUGUCUGACAACAACAGGAAGGUGACACGUGUGGAGGAGGUUCAGUCAUAUCCUGAUCAUCCAGACAGAUUUGAUGUUCAUCAGCUGCUGUGUAGAAAUGGUCUGACUGGUCGCUGUUACUGGGAGGUUGAGUGGAGAGGAGACGUUUUUAUAUCAGUGAGUUACAGAAGCAUCAGAAGGAAAGGACGCAGUGAACACUCUGUGUUUGGAUACAAUGAUCAGUCCUGGUGUCUGUACUGCUCUGAUGAUGGUCCUCGUUAUGUCUGGCACAAUAACAUAAAAACAUUCAUCUCCUCCUCCUCCUCCUCCUCCUCCUCUGUCUCUAACAGAGCAGCAGUGUAUGUGGACUGUCCUGCUGGCACUCUGUCCUUCUACAGAGUCUCCUCUGACACUCUGAUCCACCUCCACACCUUCAACACCACAUUCACUCAAACUCUUUAUCCUGGGUUUGGGUUCUGGUCUCCUGGUUCCUCAGUGUCCCUAUUUCACCAGUUUGAAGAGAACAUCUGUUCACUGAGACUGCACCACCUGCUGUCUGAGGUCCAGGAGAAGAGCAGCAGCUGGAGCAGCUGA